AUGGUCGCCAAUACUGCUGACUACGCGCUCUUCACGCCGCUGCGUCUGGGUGAAGGGCUUGAGCUCAAGAAUCGGAUCGUGUACGGCCCCGUUACCCGCGCUCGCUGCGACAUCAAAACCCACGCACCUCUGGAGCGCAACGCUGCCUACUACGAGCAGCGCGCCGGGGCUGGACUCAUUGUCACCGAAGCCUGUGCCAUCUCCGAACAAGCUUUCGGAUGGUACGGAUCGCCAGCGCUCUACACGGACGAGCAAGUUCAGGGGUGGAAAGAGGUGGUCAACCGAGUGCACAAGAAAGGAGGCAAGAUCUUCGUCCAGCUUUGGCACAUGGGGCGCCAGUCACACCCCUCUUUCCACACGAACAAUGAGGUAGUCUCGUCCUCCGCCACGUUGUACGAGAGCGGUAGGACCCGAAACGCGAAUGGAGAGCACGUGGGAUAUGAGCGAGCCCGUGCGCUGGCACUCAACGAGAUUCCCGAUGUGGUGGACCAGUGGCGCCAGUGCGCUCAGCGAGCCAAGGAGGCAGGCUUCGAUGGCAUCGAGGUACAUGCCGCUGGGGGCUAUCUGAUCGACCAGUUCCUCCAAUCCUGCACGAACCUGCGCACCGACAUGUACGGCGGCUCGUUCGAGAACCGCUACCGAUUCUUGAACGACGUCAUCGAGGCGGUGAAGGCGGUCUAUCCGGCCGACCGUAUCGGUGUGCGCACAGCUCCGAACAGUCCGUACGGUGGUAUGGGCAGCUCCGACAACGUCGAGAUGUUCACGUACGUGUACAAACGUCUUUCAGAGCACGGCUUUGCGUAUUUGGCCAUCCUCGACGGUUCAGAGGGUAUUGGCGCCGAUGCCCACUACCACGGAAAAUGCCGCCCACUCACCACCUUCGACGCCAAGACAGCCUUCAAGGGCAUUGUCAUCGCCAACAAGGGUUACUCGAGAGACAUCGCGGAAGGCGUCCUGCGAAGUGGAUCGGCCGACCUUGUGGGCUUUGCUCGCAUGUUCAUGGCGAACCCCGACCUUGUCGAGCGCUUCAAGAACGACUGGCCACUCACCCCGCUAAUGGACUACGAGUUCUUCUGGGACCCAGCCAAGGGUGACGAGGGCUACAACACGCUCGAUAAUUUCAAGCCAUAG